UCGAAAAGGCCAUUUUAUCAAUCGCCUCCCCGAUACGAGUCUCCGUCUCCCUUUCUCUCUCCGCUCUUUUCGAUGGAGAUUUCAUCUUCUCCCUAUAGAAGUCACUCUACAUUGCGUUCUCCUUGCCCGGUCAACUUUUUCCGCACCGGUUUUGGGUUUUCUCUUCCACGCAUAAAGACCCAAGCUUCUCCCAGCAGGAAACGGGGGUUAGGUGUCACAAAGGCCUCUGUAGCUGUUCAACAGCAAACCCAGAAAUCCAAAGUCGCUAUCAUCAGAAUUGGCACUCGUGGAAGCCCACUAGCGCUAGCUCAGGCUCAUGAGACUCGGAAUAAGCUCAUUGCUACACAUUCAGACUUAGCCGAAGAGGGGGCAAUUCAAAUUGUAAUAAUAAAGACUACGGGAGAUAAGAUCUUGUCUCAACCUCUGGCAGAUAUUGGUGGGAAGGGCCUAUUCACUAAAGAAAUUGAUGAGGCACUGAUCAAUGGUGAUAUUGACAUUGCGGUCCAUUCAAUGAAAGAUGUUCCCACUUAUUUGCCCGAAAAAACAAUUUUACCUUGCAAUCUUGAGCGCGAGGAUGUCCGCGAUGCGUUUAUUUCCUUGAGUGCUGUUUCUCUUGCUGAGCUUCCUGCUAGCAGCAUUGUUGGGACAGCUUCGCUCAGGAGAAAGUCGCAAAUACUUCAUAGAUUUCCAUCACUUAGUGUGGUGGAGAACUUUCGGGGCAAUGUCCAGACACGGUUGAGAAAACUCAAUGAAGGUGUGGUCCAAGCGACGCUUUUGGCAUUAGCUGGACUAAAGCGCCUAAACAUGACGGAGAAUGUGACUUCCAUUCUAUCGAUUGAUGAGAUGCUUCCGGCUGUUGCUCAAGGGGCAAUUGGAAUUGCCUGUAGAAGCAACGACAAUAAAAUGGCCGAUUACAUAGCUUCAUUGAAUCAUGAGGACACAAGAUUAGCGGUUGCCUGCGAGAGGGCUUUCCUUGAGACCUUAGAUGGGUCUUGUCGCACGCCCAUUGCUGGAUAUGCGUGCAAAAAUGAGGAUGGGAAUUGCAUAUUCAGAGGGUUGAUCGCAUCCCCUGAUGGAACCAGUGUCCUUGAAACUUCUAGAAAAGGCCCUUAUGCUCUUGAAGAUAUGAUUUUGAUUGGAAAGGAUGCUGGAAAGGAACUUCUUUCAAGGGCAGGUCCUGGUUUCUUUGAUCGUUAGAUAGCUUAUGAAUAGGGGUUGUUUAGUAGAAGUUUGAAAAUCGAGUUCAUUAGUCUUUAUCUGCUAAUUUUUUGUUGUAUCCUAAGAAAAGUGAUUCUUUCCUCUUCUCUUUUGAUUUGUUGCAAGUAGAAGAGUAAGUUCCAUUGCUGACCUAAAGAGGGUUAGGUCCUUGUAUGAGUUGUAUCACUAAGUAUUAAUUAAGAAUCCAAGUUUUCCUCUCUCAGUGUAAGAGUUUCUUUUUUAA